AUGAUGCAAACAAGCAAGAAGGUACAUUCCCAUUCCGCCGGGUCGUCAUCGCUGGCAGGAUACAAGGCUGCCGCCAACCUCGUUCUGUUCUCUGCCUUGCUGAUCGUGUUUGGAGUAGCAAGGACAAACAUGGUAGAUUCGACUCCUACGGGGGCGAUGGGAGGGUCAAGCUACAUGUUUCCACCCGCUGUUCUCUUGGCAUGCGGCGUCUGCUUGUGCGCAAUGGGCUUCUUGGGGCUGACUGCUGGGAUCCUGCACCUCUCUCUCAACAUCCGCAACGCCACGUUCACGUUGAUCACUCUCGUGCUCCAGGGAGUCCUCGGAUGGUUUGUCUUCCUCGCGCAGGCCAUCGCAUACCACGCCUUCUACGCAGACAAGUCCAGCGCGUCUCUUGGCAAGGGCUUGUUCAUGCUAGGAAUGUUCGGAUCUGCCUCCAUGGGCAUCGCUGUGCUGGGUGGUCAGUUUUACUUCUCGCUGCAGUUGUAUAGGAUCCAUGCAGGCAGCGCAGCGGCUUUGUACGAGCGGAGCUACUUCAAGCCGAGAAUCGUCUUCUACUCCUUCCUGGUUAUCAUCAAGGCAAGCUGCGAAGUUGCCAUGGGUGUCGUCGACCAUCAGAAGCUGCAUCCUGGCCAUGCGGCAGCGGCUGCAGCCGCCUCAAGCUUGAUUGCAGCAGCUUCGUCAUCCCCCCCAAUAGCAGGGAUGGGAUCGACAACAGGAUCAACAUCAACAUCAACAUCAACAUCAACAUCAACAUCCAUGAGUCAAAUUUCUGCCAGCAUUUCAUCCUCCAUGUCCGCGGCUGCUUCAGGAGCGGCUAUGUCGUACAUGUCUCCUGUUCAGCCUCCUUUCAUGAGCUUCAAGUACAAGUUCCUCAUUGCAGACGGCGUUCUCGCCUUGUUGGUCGGUCUCUACGGCCUCGCCAUUGGUCUUGCUGGUUUGUCGAAGCAGAGCCUCUACUUCACUUUUGUCGCAAUGGCCAGUCUGAUCGUACAGCUGGGGAUGUACGACCUCGCAGAGCAGGCCAACAUUCCUCAUGCGAAGUCAUCGUUCAAGCUCGGAAUUCUUGGAGUUCUUCUUGCCCCGUUGACGAUCGCGCUCAUGUACAUGCCCAUCUACUUGAUCGCCGAGUUUGACAAGGAUGAGAGCGAGGAGGAGGUCGUUCCAGCGCAGCCUCAACAUACCGAGGGAAUCGUCUUCAGCUCUCAGGCAUGA